GGCUUCGCUUUCUUCCAGAAAACCCGCCAUCGCAACGCCAAAAAUCCCCGUGUUUCCCCCGGCCGUUGAGUCUGCGGUUAGCGGAUGUGGAUUGUUUCUCCAUAAGCUUUCCUAACGCUGAAGAGAACAGACCAUCUCGGUUUCUGUUACAUACUCGCUCUCCGUGCGCUCUUUCGAAGUCUCACGAUCCGAAAAACUCCAGAUUUUGUUCCUCCACUGCCAUGUCGCCCUGCGGCAAAAACUUACACGCUACCACCGAGAGCUAAUAAGUUCCCGAUCAGAAAGAGAAAAGCCUCUGUCGCGAAAUCGCCGCCCACACAAAGACAUGCUCGCAAGCCACGCCCUGUUGUGACCGUUUGACCGUUUGAUCUGUCCGACACGAGCGUAUCCCUCAUCGUUCCUCUCCCCCCGGAUUCUCAAUCCCGACCCUUCCGAACCCUUUGUCGGCCACUGUUGAAAAUGCCCGAGAAAUCGGCCUCAGUAGUGUCCUACGCUGCUGGUGCCUCUCUUGCUGCAGCAGCGCUCAUAUAUGUUUUCGCACCAAACUUCUCCAUCGAUCACGACGCCACGAGCUCCAAGAAAAAGUCUAUAGUCGGUUUGAGAAACCAAGCCAAUGACUGCUUUAUCAAUUCGGUUCUCCAAGCCCUUGCCGGCUUAGGAGAGUUGCGCAUAUAUUUGAUUCGCGAAACGCACCGCCGCCGUAUCGAAGACCCGGCAGUAUAUGCUAGUCUUGUCCAGCCAGAGGGCAAGCAGAUUGCCCAAUGGAAGCUACAGGGCCUGCAAGAAGGACUAGUCACACAAGGACUGAAAGAGAUGCUGGAUGCGCUUAAUGAGCGCCCCAUUUACAAGAAGUCCAUAUCGCCGUUCCAGUUUGUCAAGGUUUUGGAGGCGGCGUUCAAGCAAAGGAUCAGCCGCCAACAACAAGAUGCGCAAGAGUUCCUGCAAAUCGUGGCUGAGCGCCUCAAGGACGAGUAUCACUGCGGUCAACGAGCAAGACUACACAUGCGGAGACGCGGUCUGUUUCCUACCCAAAGUACACCGAGUGUCGAGAACACGCUGGAUAGUCAAGACAAUGGUAAGGACGGCGACGAAUCCUCACCAGAGCAGCAGCCCACUGCCAAUGGCGACAACGACUCUGCUAUCGAACCAUCCGAGGAAACCGAGAUUCCCCAGGACAAUGGCCAAUUGCCGAUAGAAAUUGAAGAGGGCUUCCCAAUGGAAGGAAAGUAUGAGUCGCAUCUCGAGUGUCAGACCUGUCGCUACAAGACUAAGCCCAGGGAAGAGACCUUCUGCACUAUAACUUUGGCUGUGCCUCAGGUCUCAGGCACCACGUUGAAUGCAUGCUUUGACGGCAUCUUCAAAACCGAGUACAUUGAUGACUUCAAAUGUGAAAUGUGUCGAUUGAUGCAGACAAAGGCAGAUUUAGAGGUCGAGAUGGCCAAGUCCACGUCCGAGAGUUUCAAGGCGCAAGCCCAGGAAAGCAUCGACAAGCUCCAGCAUGCCAUUGACACAGAUCCCGAGAAUCCCCCAGAGGAUGUCGAGCUUGGCGAUAUUCGCUUUGCGCCCAAGAGGAGGAUCGCAAAGACCACUCGAAUGUCCAUAUUUCCAAAGAUAUUGGCUAUUCACCUCUCCCGCUCCAUCUAUGAUGUGGGCCAAAUAACACAGAAGAACUCGGCCAAGGUGGUCUUUCCCGAACAGCUGCCUCUUGGUGGUUUGAUGGAUCAAAAGAGAUACAAGCUGCUCGGGCUGGUUACUCACCGUGGCGGACACAACAGUGGUCAUUACGAAGCAUUCCGACGACAGAACGUUGCCGCACCCUUCUCAAAUCCGAAUACCUUCCAACCAUCGGAAGCUUUUAGCAAGACGCCGACACCCAUAGGUACCCCUAUCAUGGGAGGAAGACCGACGCACAGUCCGGCAAUCUCUACGCCUGACCUCCUCUCAGGCUCGUCUGGUGACUCGACGCCUUCUCUGGAAUCUCUGCCGGUCCCACCUAGGAGUGUCCCUUCAGACCUACGAGGCUCGGUGAGCUUACCAGCAAUUGGUAAACAGAAGGAUCCGGAAACCAGUAGUCUUCGUUCUGUGGCCGCCUCUACAAAGUCAGCUCUCUCCAAGCUUACAUCGCCCAAGCAAACAAAUAGCAGUUCGUUACCACCCAAGUCUGUGACAUCAAACGUCGCAAAACGAUCAAGGAAACGAAAGUCAGCAACAGACAAAUGGUGGCGCGUCAACGACGAAAAGGUCAAGGAGGCAAAGACCAGCGAAGUCUUGGGCAUGCAGAGAGAGGUGUAUCUGCUAUUUUACGAGCUCGAUAAGGAUGCUUAGGAUCCCGAUGAGGUUUAUCCAGUACGUGAAGAUGAAGGAUUGUGUGUGAUGCUCUGAUGUGCCAGUUCUGUUACGCUUUACAGAGUUGAUGAAGGGGGCCUAUUUUUCUUUCUCUCCUAACUAUUUGCAUAGGGUUGGCGUUUCAAGCAAGACAGUUUCGGGAUUAUCUAUACAGUUAGAUUCCAUGGUGCUUUUUAACAAUAUUUGAAAAAUAUCCAGCAUUGGAUACCUGGGAGUUGAUGAGGAAAGAAGGUCAUUUAUAGAUAGGGGCUAUCAUUCUUAUCUAUGGCAGUAGUGAAUACACAAUUAACGGACAACAACGUAUUUAAGUAGGA